CGUCACUUCCUUCUCUCUCUUCGGCCACCGCCAUAGUCGGAACAAGGACUGUGGGCAAAAUGUCGUCCCACAAGACUUUCAAGAUCAAGCGCUUCCUCGCCAAGAAGCAGAAACAGAACAGGCCCAUUCCGCAGUGGAUCAGAAUGAAGACUGGAAACAAGAUCAGGUACAACUCCAAGAGGAGACACUGGAGGAGGACCAAGCUGGGCUUGUAAACAUGAGGGUCCCUGGAUCCAAGCAUCUCUCCAUCCCAACAUCUGCCAGGACUUCCAGCUGCUGGGCCUGACCGCCAGGAGGGAGCCAUGUUAUCUGGAGCAGCAGUCGUUUUGUACAGAUACUCUGGUUAUGCUCAUGUUUGACAAUAAAAGAUCUUUGAUCAAACUUGA